UUCCCUCUCUUUUUGCCAUCUCUACUUCCCUUGCUACCUUAGGUUUCUCACUUUUUCAUUUUCCUUUUUAUUAUUUUAAUUUUUUUAAGAAAAGAGAAAAAUUCAGAGCUUCUUCGCUCAAUUUAAAUCAGCUCUCUCUCAGCUAUAUUCUUACAAUCUCUUUUAGAAUAUUUCAAAGAAAAUGUGGCUUUCUGGAGUUGAUUUAUUCAUGGUUUCCUUUUCCCAAUUUUGAUAUUUAUAUUUUUGAGCAAUUUAUAUAUUUUUUCUUUUAAUUUUUUAAAAAAAAUAAUUUUCUUUUGCUUUUGGUUCUGGAAAUCCGUAAUAACUAAUUAGGUAUUUAGGGUUUUGGAUGAGCUCUGCAAACUCCCUUGAUCUUCAGCUCAUUCUGAGGCAACGGAGUCAUGCGGAAAGGUCAGUCUGAUUUUUCAUUAGUUGAAGAAGCUGGUAGGAGAGGCAACAUGAGAGAAAGCUGUCAUUUGAAGAAAGGGCCUUGGACUUCAGCAGAAGAUGCGAUUUUGGUGGACUAUGUAAAGAAGCAUGGUGAGGGAAAUUGGAAUGCUGUCCAGAAACACUCUGGACUUUCACGAUGUGGGAAAAGCUGUCGCCUGCGUUGGGCAAACCACCUAAGGCCGGAUUUGAAGAAGGGCAUGUUUACUCCAGAGGAAGAGCGUCGUAUAGUUGAGCUACAUGCUAAGUUGGGAAACAAAUGGGCACGAAUGGCUGCUGAGUUGCCUGGACGAACUGAUAAUGAGAUAAAGAACUUCUGGAAUACAAGAAUUAAGAGACUGCAACGUGCUGGCUUGCCAAUUUACCCUCCUGAUGUGUGCUUGCAAGUAAAUUUAAGUCAAGAAGAGAGUCAUAACGUGGCUUCAAUGCCAAAUCAGGACUCCUUUGGUUCCAAUCUCGUGCAGUCAGAUGCUUUUGGGAUUCCACAUGUGGAAUUUGAGAAUUUAGAGCUUAACCAACAAUUUUUGUCUUAUUCACCCGAACUUCUCAACAUUCCUCCAAAAACUAUUGGUUUGUCCCAUGGUUAUGGCCAUGUGUUCCCAAUGGCAUGCCCUCCGAAGCAUGUUCAGGAAAGUGUCAGCAACUAUAUGUCAUUGCCCAACCAAAUGACUGAUUUUGCUUGCAAGGAAAAUUUUGAUGAGCCCUACAAGUCAUCUUCUCCAUAUGAUUCUGAUUUCAGUACCAAUGACCAAUCAUCAUUUGGUAUACAUCCUGGCAGUGAUGCCCUUCUAAAUAGUAAUUUCUCUCCUUCUGAGCCCUUGUCCGGGCCUAUGAACUUGGAGCUCCCUUCAUACCAAUAUUCAGAUAAUCAACAAGAUAGCUGGGUCAAUUCUUCAGUCCCACUAGCUUUGGUUGAGUCUGUUGAUACUCUGAUCCAGUCCCCUCCAAUGAAGCGGGCUAAGUCAGAAUGUUUUGCACUACAAAACAGUGGUCUCCUUGAAGCUGUACUUUACGAGUCAAAGAAGCUUAAUAGCUCAAAGGAUGAUUCUCGUCAGCAGUCUUCUAAUUUGAUGCUUGACGAUGUUGCUGAUUUUCACCUGAAGGAUUGUGAAUUAGAAUUUGAAGCACACUGCGACCCGAAUUCUCCUUCUGCUCUUUCUGCUGCAUCCGUUCUUAGUGAGCACACUCCUGUUUGUGGAAGCUCAUUGGAUGAUGAAUCACAGUUUGUUGAGAGCAUUCUGGGAGGCAACGGCAAGAAUGAAACUCCGAAUCAGAUGGCUAUUUCUGGACUAGAUGAUUUUCUGGGACGUGGUCAGUUUGGUCAUGACAAUGGGUGCGUGAACGAUAAACCCAUUGUAACAGAUGUUAUAGCGGCUCUUCUCGGUGAAGAUGCUUGCUGUGGCUACUAGCAAACUCGUCUUGUAUUCGAGGUGCUUGCAUUUUUUGUCAACCUUCUGAAAAUCAUUGAAAUUGCUUGGAACUCGAAUUGCCAUUAUGAUAUUUUCCCUUGCUGUCGGUGGAAUUUUUAAAGAUUUUUGUGAAUUUGUGAACUAUUGGAGGAGGUGUUGGAUAAGUUUUUAUGGAACUACAAUUGUUUUGUCAUUGAACUUUUGAUUGACAUUUGAAGCAGAUGAAAGUGGUGGUGCCAAGAACGUUUGUGGCACUCUGAACAAAUUGGCUGAUGUUGGAUGUAGCACUUGAAGUAACAGAUUGUGCGAGUUUGAUUUUCUAUGGUGCUCAGUUCAAGAGAGAGCAUGAUGCUCAAAGACCAAAUUGAUUGCAAACAUUCAUAUCAGUAGUGUAUGUCUUACCAUUUUAGUGACAUUAAUUGCACCUCAAUUCGACAAUGAGAGUUUUAUCUUAGCUUUUGCGAUUGGAUGAAAAAGCAUUUUUUAACUGCAUUUUUUUUUGUUGUAAAAGUAUAGUGUUUUCCAU